GCUGAGCGCUCAGGACCCCAUUCCUCUGUCUGCAAAUGCCUCUAACUCCCGCAGGAGGAAGGCGCCUGCUUGAGCAACCGAACACACCCGAGAUUGCGGGGCCGCUGGGGCGGUCCACAGCUGGGAUUCGCGGCGAGGCCGAGCCGGUCCCAGGGGAGCCGCUGACCCUGGCCCCUCUUGCGACACGCGCUCGCCGCCCAUUCCCCGCGGGCGGACCCCGGGCCCGGCGCCUCCCGCUUGGCGGGUUCGCGUCCCUCCCAGCCCAGGGCGCCGCUGGAGAUUGGCAGAGUCCAGCCCCUGGCUGACUCAGGCGCCGCAACCUUCCCUUAUAUGCUGGCGCCGACGGGGGGGAACCAGCCCGGCUGCGCAGGAAGCAGCUGCCGCUCCAGGACCAUGCCCAGGCUGCCCCAGCGUCUCCGCGCGCUGCUGCUGCUGCUGCUCGGGGGCUGCCUCUGCCCGGCCUCCGACGCCGGCCUCUACUUCAGGGAGGGGCAGCACUGCUACCAACCGGCCCCGCGCAAGGCCCCCGGGCUCAGAACCUACCCUCGACCUCAUGAGUACCUGGACAUCGCGAAACUGCCCCCGAGCUGGGACUGGCGAAAUGUAAAUGGGACCAAUUUUGCUAGUACCACCCGGAACCAGCACAUUCCUCAGUACUGUGGGUCUUGUUGGGCUCAUGGCAGCACCAGUGCCUUAGCAGAUCGCAUCAAUAUUAAGAGAAAAGGAGCUUGGCCUUCUGCCUACCUCUCUGUUCAGAAUGUUAUUGACUGUGCCAACGCAGGGUCCUGCGAAGGUGGAGACCACUCAGGUGUUUGGAUGUAUGCUCACGACCAUGGCAUUCCAGAUGAGACCUGUAACAACUACCAAGCCAAAGACCAAACAUGUAAGAAGUUUAACCAGUGUGGAACAUGUGUUACCUUUGGGGAAUGCCACGUGAUAAAGAACUACACGCUCUGGAAAAUUGCUGACUAUGGCUCUGUCAGUGGGAGAGAAAAAAUGAUGGCAGAAAUCUAUGCCAAUGGUCCAAUCAGUUGUGGCAUAAUGGCCACUGCACAGCUGGAUGCGUACGCUGGAGGACUUUAUGCUGAAUACAACCCCUCAGCUGUGGUGAAUCACAUUGUAUCUGUGGCUGGCUGGGGUGUGGAAAACGGAAUUGAAUACUGGAUUGUCCGUAACUCCUGGGGUGAACCAUGGGGUGAACUGGGCUGGCUGAGGAUUGUGACAAGUGCAUAUAAAGGUGGAAAAGGAGCUGAGUACAAUCUCGCUAUUGAAGAAGAUUGUGCCUACGGAGAUCCUGUAUUACCUUGAUUGUUUCUAGAGUUUAUGGGGUACUUUCUGGCUUUGAAAUUUCGUUUUGUUUUUUUCCUCCAAUCAAGUCAUUUUUUAAUUAAAAGGCAGUUAAGAGGAAUUAGCCCAGAUCACCAUUAUAUUUUAAAGCAGAAAAACUGUCUCUAGAUUUUGAACUUACACUGCAUAUUGAAAAGCAGUUGUUUGCUUAAAAGACAAACUUGCUUAUCUUCUGCUUUAUGUGCCUGGUACUUACCAAGCAACUUAUCAGAAGUUUUAGGUACAAAUCCUCUCAUUGGAAAAAUCAUUCACUUGACUAUAUUUAAUCUGAAGGAAUAUAUAAGAUUUAUUUUGCACUUGUAACAAAGGAGGUUUUCCUUCUAGUACAAACUUUAAAAUUUGCUCAAAGCAAGAGGUACUGAUUUCUUUUAAAAAAAUUUGGGUUUAGAGACUUGUAAAUCAUAUACACAAAGUACAAUAGCACAAAGUAAAUAUCACUGAGCUACAUAAAUGCAGAGACCAUACUAUGUUUUUUGUUCUCUUUAAAACUGUGUCCUAUAGUCACAUCCUAUUGUUUCACUAAGGCAUGUGUUGCAUUGCAGAUUGUCAUUUUUAUCUCAUUGAAAGUGAUGCAACAGUAACCAAAUCUCUAAAACUACUGGAAAACGUUUAAUAUAAACACUGUUAUUGCCUGGUG